AUGUCAAGUAAGAAAAUCGAGCAGUGGGAAAUCGAACGUUACUGGGAGAUCUUUGCAUCAUUAGCUAAUGGCCAGCCGCGUCUGAACAACUCACAAGCGGCUUCAGUGCUCAGGAACAGUCGGCUUCGCGAUGAACAGCUGGAGAAGGUCUGGGAUUUGGCCGACGUCGAUGGGGACGGUGAAUUGGAUUUUGAGGAAUUUUGUGUUGCUAUGCGAUUGGUAUUCGAUAUAGUUAAUGGUGAACUUCGAAGUGUCCCCACUGUCUUGCCCGAUUGGCUCGUCCCUGAGUCCAAGUCCCAUCUAGUCCAUGCAACUCGGGCUUUGGGUAGUCAAGAGCAAUUUGAACGGAUAGAAGAUGAAGACGACACGCCCGGUCUGAAAGAUGGCUUUGACUGGUACAUGAACCCAUCCGAUAAGACCAAGUACGAAGAGAUCUACUCCGCCAACAAGAACCACCGCGGUGAAAUUGCCUUUGAAUCUUUACAACCGCUAUACGAUUCCCUGGAUGUUCCCGACACCGACAUCCGCUCUGCAUGGAACCUGGUGAACCCCUCCGCUUCAUCAGCAAUUAACAAAGAUGCUACUCUUGCGUUUCUGCAUAUCCUGAACUACCGACAUGAAGGAUUCCGCAUUCCACGCACAAUCCCUGCCUCCCUACGCGCUUCGUUCGAAAACAACAAGAUUGACUACCAGCUUGACAAUACCCGUCCGUCGCAGAGAUGGGCGAAUGGCGACACAGAGACUCCUAGUGGCCGAAAAGCCAAAUUUGGCGACACAUACCUGAGUCGGCUAGGUGCAGGGAGUAAAACUUCCUACACUCCAAAGGGAACAGACUUCAGUGAAACCAUCCAGGAUGAGGAGUGGGAGAGGGUCCGUUUGAGGCGCGAACUAGCGGAGUUAGAAUCCAAGCUGGAUUCUGCUCGAAAGGCUUCCGAAGGGCGAAGAGACCAACCCAGGAACGACGGCAGGCCCAACUGGGUCUUGAUCAAAAAGGAAGCCCUUCAGCUUCUGGAGUAUAAAGAGCGUGAGCUCCGAGAACUAAGGGAGGGCACAGGCCGGUCCAAAGAAGGUCAGGAUUUGCAACGACUCAAUGAAGAUGUUAAAGCCGUCGGUGAGCAGGUUGAAGGGUUGAAAAGCCAUCUUGCACAGCGGAAUGAUACUCUUGCCGAUGUACGAAGACAGAUUGAAGAAGCACGACUACCUCGGUAG